CCAUUUUUGGUUCUUCCCUGGCUGUGGUGGAGACCAUAACAAGGCGCGGGGCUGGGCUCCGGUUCUGCGGGGCGGAGGGAGAAGGAAGGGGCGAAAGGGGAGAGGAGAGCAGGAGGAGGAGGAGGAGGAGCGGGUGCCAGUCCGCCCACCCGCCCGCCCGCCCGCCCGCCCGCGGCUCAGCUCCGGGGUGUUCAUGUUUCCCACAGGUUUCUCUUCCGCUCAGGAGGUGAGGCCUGCCACUGAUGGUAGCAGCAACAGCAGCAGCUCCUCUUCCUCCUCCUCUUCCUCCUCCUCCUCCAAGAAGAGGAAGAUAAACAACAGCGAGAAGGACGAGACAGAGCCCCUCUCCUCCUCCUCCUCCUCCUCUUCUUCCUCCUGCUCUUCUCUCCUCCCCAGGAACCACUCUUCUUCCUCCUCUUCCUCCUCCUCAGUCAUUGCUUCCACCUCCUGCUCUUCCUCCUCUUCCUCCUCCAACCAUCACCUGCAGAAGAAGCUCCGCUUCGAGGACGCCUUGGAUUUUAUUGGACUCGAUGUCAAGAUGGCCGAGGAGUCUUCUUCCUCACCGGCGGCUUCUUCGUCUUCUUCUUCCCAACAGCAGCAGCAGCAGCAGCAGCUCAAAAGCAAAAGCCUCCUCCUGUCCUCCGUGGCCGCGGGACACCACGCCAACGGCCUGACCAAAGCCGCCUCUUCCAGCGUCUCCAGUUUUGCCAAUAGUAAACCCGGCUCGGCCAAGAAGUUAGUCAUCAAGAAUUUUAAAGAUAAACCUAAACUGCCUGAGAAUUACACAGAUGAAACCUGGCAAAAACUGAAAGAAGCAGUAGAAGCUAUUCAGAACAGUACUUCAAUAAAGUAUAAUUUAGAAGAGCUCUAUCAGGCUGUUGAAAAUCUCUGCUCCUACAAGAUUUCUGCAAAUUUGUACAAGCAGUUGAGACAGAUUUGUGAAGAUCAUAUCAAAGCACAGAUUCAUCAGUUCAGAGAGGAUUCAUUGGACAGUGUUCUUUUUCUCAAGAAAAUAGACAAAUGUUGGCAAGAUCAUUGCAGACAAAUGAUCAUGAUUAGAAGUAUCUUUUUGUUCCUGGAUCGAACCUACGUUCUUCAAAAUUCAAUGCUGCCAUCAAUUUGGGAUAUGGGACUUGAAUUGUUCAGGACCCAUAUAAUUAGUGACCAGAAAGUUCAGAAUAAGACCAUCGAUGGCAUUCUUCUCUUGAUUGAGAGGGAGAGGAACGGAGAGGCGAUUGACAGGAGCCUCCUCCGCAGCCUUCUAAGCAUGCUUUCUGACCUGCAGAUCUAUCAGGAUUCUUUCGAGCACAGAUUCUUGGAAGAAACUAACCGACUCUAUGCAGCAGAAGGACAGAGGCUGAUGCAGGAAAGAGAGGUUCCAGAGUAUCUUCAUCAUGUCAACAAACGUUUGGAAGAAGAGGCAGACAGGAUUAUCACAUACUUGGAUCAAAGCACUCAGAAACCACUAAUUGCUACUGUAGAAAAACAGCUGCUAGGUGAACAUUUAACCGCCAUUCUACAGAAAGGUUUAAAUCAUCUCCUGGAUGAAAACCGAAUUCAAGAUUUAUCGCUACUAUAUCAGUUGUUUAGUAGAGUGAAAAAUGGCGUGCAAGCUCUUUUGCAGCAAUGGAUCGAAUAUAUCAAGGCAUUUGGCAGCACGAUUGUGAUAAAUCCGGAGAAGGACAAAACCAUGGUCCAAGAGCUGCUAGACUUCAAGGAUAAAGUUGACCAUAUAAUUGACGUUUGCUUUUUGAAGAAUGAGAAAUUUGUCAAUGCCAUGAAAGAAGCCUUUGAAACCUUCAUCAACAAAAGACCAAAUAAGCCUGCUGAACUCAUAGCCAAGUAUGUGGAUUCAAAGCUUCGCGCUGGAAACAAAGAAGCUACCGACGAAGAGCUUGAAAAGAUGCUGGAUAAAAUUAUGAUUAUAUUUAGGUUUAUCUAUGGGAAGGAUGUUUUCGAAGCCUUUUACAAAAAGGAUCUAGCCAAGCGGCUACUAGUGGGCAAAAGUGCCUCCGUAGAUGCUGAGAAAUCCAUGCUGUCGAAACUCAAACACGAAUGUGGAGCUGCUUUUACCAGCAAACUUGAAGGAAUGUUUAAAGACAUGGAGCUUUCUAAAGACAUCAUGAUACAGUUUAAACAGUAUAUGCAAAACCAGAAUGUACCUGGCAACAUUGAACUCACCGUGAAUAUCUUGACAAUGGGCUACUGGCCAACCUAUGUGCCUAUGGAGGUUCACCUGCCAGCAGAGAUGGUAAAGCUCCAGGAGAUAUUUAAAACAUUUUAUCUAGGAAAACACAGUGGCAGAAAACUUCAGUGGCAAUCAACAUUAGGACACUGUGUACUCAAAGCAGAAUUUAAAGAGGGCAAAAAAGAGCUGCAAGUGUCUUUGUUCCAGACUCUAGUGCUACUUAUGUUUAAUGAAGGCGAAGAGUUCAGUUUGGAAGAAGUCAAGCAAGCCACUGGAAUAGAAGACGGAGAGCUGCGGCGGACGCUUCAGUCAUUAGCCUGUGGCAAGGCGAGAGUGCUGACAAAAAGCCCCAAAGGCAAAGACGUGGAAGACGGAGACAAGUUUACCUGCAACGAUGACUUCAGACACAAGCUCUUCAGGAUAAAAAUCAACCAGAUUCAGAUGAAAGAAACGGUAGAGGAACAAGCCAGCACUACGGAGAGGGUGUUUCAAGACCGGCAAUACCAAAUCGACGCAGCCAUCGUGAGAAUCAUGAAGAUGCGCAAGACGCUGAGCCACAAUCUGCUGGUGUCGGAAGUCUAUAACCAGCUAAAAUUCCCAGUAAAGCCUGCUGACCUUAAGAAGAGAAUAGAAUCGUUAAUUGACAGAGACUACAUGGAACGAGACAAGGAAAACCCCAACCAGUAUAACUACAUUGCAUAAAUAUCCAACCAGCCUUUUUUUGUUGUUUUGUUUUGUUUUUCUUUUUCUGCACACCCGAUGUCCUUCCUACUUGGUUACCGGUGGAGAAGCCACCCGUUGAUCCCAUUAAAUUAACCUUAUUUUUUUUCCCCCUACUACUACUACCAGUGACUGAAAUGGAAAAGCAACGUAAUGGGGGGAAAGGGGGUGACGUAACCGGGCAAACUUUUCUCAAUGGCUGCAACGUGCCCAUUGAAGGAUUUAGUAUUUACAUUUUUAAGAAGAAUGCUGUUGAACUCUUUGCAUGAUGUUUGGUAUGGUGUGCAGGAAACCAGAAGGAAGUUUCCGGUCUUUGUGAGUCCAUUUCCCCCCAGUCUUUACCAUACAGAUACUUUGUUCCAUCUCAAAACAACAAAAGGGUAAAAACAUAACCUUUUUAUUUUGUUUUACAAAUGCUUAAACUGCAUGCAAACGACUUCCCGUUUGGAAUUAAUUUGUUGAUCAAAUCGAAAAUGAGAAUCUAUGAAUCCAUAAAACCAUUUGCAGCUCUCGUUCAUGGACUUCUAAGGUGACGUAACCCAUUCGUUGGUGACUAUCCAAAGUUUUUUGAUUGGUGCUGCAAAGCCCAUGAUAAAAAGCGUAGCAUUUAGAUCAAUGAUAUAGUCCCCUCUGUCUUCAAAUGUAAAUACUUGGGAAAAUAUUUCAGAGUUGCCAUGAGGGCCCUUCCCUCCUCCUGUUUUUCUAUCGUUGAAUUUCUGAACACUGCAGUUUGGAUUUUCUUUUCUUUUCUGAUGCAACACUACAAAGCCUGCCUUGAGGAAGUUCCUGCCACCUUUUUCCCCCUUCCGUUUCUCCAUUAUUUCUGCUUCUACUCCGAGGAGCCACUGGCUAUUCGUGGAGACACUUGUUUCAAGCCUUUGCAGGCUCAGCCAGCAUCACAGCCCUUUCAUAUCUCCGCGUCAUCGCUGAUGUUACUUACCUAAAGUUCACGCUUUGAGAGGCAUUCCUUGAACCAGCCUGCCAAAAUCCCCUUUUUAAAGAAUGUAGAGAGGCCGUCCUCUCCUACCACGUGCCUCCCUUUGAAGACAGCAGAGAUUUGCAAAACGUUGCAAGGUGAUCCAACUUUGCAAACGAGAAUCUCUGCUUAUUUUUUCUUCUUGUUGUCUGUCUCGUUUUACUUCCCUAAUCUAUACGUAUUUCUUGAUAAGUUUUAGAUAUCUAACGUUAUAUUAAGUUUGUGUCUCUGCAAAACAUUGCAAGAUGAUCCAACUUUGCAAACGAGAAUCUCCGCAUAUUUUUUCUUCUUCUUUUCCCUCAAAUCUAUACAUAUUUCUUGGUAGGUUUUAGAUAUCUGAUCUCAUUAAGUUGUGGAUAUCUCUCCAAAACAUUGCAAGAUGAUCCAACUUUGCAAACUGGAAUCUGACGUCAUAAUAAGUUGUGUGUGUCUCUGCAAAACAUUGCAAGAUGAUCCAACUUUGCAAACAAGAAUCUCUGCAUAUUUUUUCUUCUUCUUGUCCCUCUCCUUUGACUUCCCUAAUCUAUACAUAUUUCUUGGUAAAUUUUAGAGAUCUGACGUCAUAUUAAGUUGUGUGUCUGCAAAACAUUGCAAGAUGAUCCAACUUUGCAAACGAGAAUCUCCGCGUAUUUUUUCUUUUUGUUGUCCCUCUCCUUUUACUUCCCUAAUCUAUACAUAUUUCUUGGUAAGUUUUAGAGAUCUGACGUCAUAUUAAGUUAUGUGUCUCUGCAAAACAUUGCAUGAUGAUCCAACUUUGCAAACGAGAAUCUGAAGUCAUAUUAAGUUGUGUGUCUCUCUGCAAAAUGUUGCAAGAUAAUCCAACUUUGCAAAUGAGAAUCUCCGCGUAUUUUUUCUUCUUGUCCCUCUCCUUUUACUUCCCUAAUCUAUACAUAUUUCUUGGUAAGUUUUAGAGAUCUGACGUCAUAUUAAGUUGUGUAUCUUUGCAAAACAUUGUAAGAUGAUCCAACUUUGCAAACGAUAAUCUCUGACGUCAUAUUAAGUUGUGUGUGUGUGUGUGCAAAACAUUGCAAGAUGAUCCAACUUUGCAGACAAGAAUCUGCAUUUUUUUCUUGUCCCUCUCCUUUUAUUUCCCUAAUCUACAUUUUUCUUGGUAAGUUUUAGAGAUCUGACGUUAUAUUAAGUUGUGUGUCUCUGCAAAACAUUGCAAGAUGAUCCAACUUUGCAAACUAGAAUCUCCGCAUAUUUUUUCUUCUUCUUGUCCCUCUCCUUUUACUUCCCUAAUCUAUACAUAUUUCUUGGUAGGUUUUAGAGAUGUGAUCUCAUUAAGUUGUGGAUAUCUCUGCAAAACAUUGCAAGAUGAUCCAACUUUGCAAACAAGAAUUUCUGACGUCAUAUUAAGUUGUGUGUGUCUCUGCAAAACGUUGCAAGAUGAUCCAAUUUUGCAAACUAGAAUCUCUGACGUCAUAUUAAGUUGUGCGUGUCUCUGCAAAACAUUGCAAGAUUAUCCAACUUUGCAAACAAGAAUCUGCAUAUUUUUUUCUUGCCCCUCUCCUUUUACUUCUGGAAUCUAUACAUAUUUCUUGGUAGGUUUUAGAUAUCUAAUCUCAUUAGGUUGUGGAUAUCUCUGCAAAACAUUGCAAGAUGAUCCAACUUUGCAAACAAGAAUCUCUGACGUCAUAUUAAGUUGUGUGUGAUUUCAUGGCUUCUUGGUCGGGCUGUUCAUACUUUGGACUGCAACUCCCAUCAUUCCUAACAGCCUCAGGCCCUUUCCUUUUCCCUUUGACUUCCCCAAUCUAUACAUAUUUUGGUAAGUUUUAGAGAUCUGACAACAUAUUAAGUUUGUGUCUCUGCAAAACAUUGCAAGAUGAUCCAACUUUGCAAAUGAGAAUCUGCAUAUUUUUUCUUCUUCUUGUCCCUCUCCUUUUACUUCUCGAAUCUGUCCAUAUUUGGUAGAGAUCUGACGUCAUUAAGUUGUGCGUGUUUACAUCUCGGAACCUCCUUUUUUCUCAGUGUGGCUUUAACAAUUCACCAGUCUAGUUUAAAUUUCCAAUUCAGCAAAAACUUGGGCAGGGGUUGCCUAUCUAAUUUGUAGUUUUUUUCUAUUAAAGCUCCAACUUAGCAAAAUCUUAGGCGGGGAUUGUCACGAUUCUCGGCCAUAUCUUAUGAUUCCCAAACUCCUAGAAACAGCGAAACAUCUGGAAAGAGCAACGUUUGGAAGGCCAAGUGCAUGAGGUAUGAUUUUAUGGCUUCUUGGUCGGGCUGUUCAUACUUUGGACUGCAACUCCCAUCAUUCCUAACAGCCUCAGGCCCUUUCCUUUUCCCCCUCAGCCGCUUAAGCGGCUGAGGGGGAAAAGGAAGGGGCCUGAAGCUGUUAGGAAUGAUGGGAGUUGCAGUCUAAAACACUUGUAGGUCCCAAAUUUGCCCAUAAUAACACCUCUGACCGGGAACAUUUGCAGAGUUUGCUCGUGUCAAUGCUGGAAACGGCAUUUGCAACCUCUUAAAUUUCCACGUCGAGCUUUAAAAUCUAUACUUUCCAGCAACUGUUUUUCCUCUUUUUUAUUGAUAUUUAUAACAGAACGAUAUCCGUAGACUUUCUCCAUACGUUUUCCAAAAAACUCGCCCUACCGUUGCAUGCAGUUUAUAGCAGACUCCUUUAUAAAGAAACUGCAAUUUAUUAGGAUAUAGUUUGGGUGUGUUGUUUUGUUUAUUAUUUUUUAAGGAACUUUCUACACCAACUUUUUUUUUGGGAUGAUUUAAAACGCAUCCGUUUUGUUCCGACACGAGUAGCAAAAGCGUUGUAUAAAUUGUUUAAAAAAGGUGCCAAAGUACAGAUAUAGUUAAUUGAAAAAAAUUAAGAAAAAUAGGCAAUUGUUCAUUUAGAGCGAUGCGAGCUGUGCUUUUACCUUCUUCUUUUUGUUUUGCUCAUUUUCCGUGUGUGUAAUAAUAUAUGUGUCUCCCGGUUUCUGAACUUUCUCCAAGGCAAAACCAUUUUUUUUCUAAUGUGUGGGUUUUUCUUUCUUUUUUUGGUUCUGUGCAUUUGAGGAUACCACUUUGAUUUUAUUUUCCCCUCUAAAUAGGGAAAAUAAUUUGUUUAAAAAGUUCCAAGAGUCCAGCAGCAUUCGAAAAUGUAAUAUACUUUUUUGUACAAAAAAAACGUUCUUCGGAAGAGAAUCAGUCCCUUCGAAGCUGGAAGGAAGCGACGGAAAAGGGGGGAAAGGCACCGUUUUUUAAUGGGCCGCUUAAAAAGUUUUACUGGUUUGUACUGGAAACGCUCUGCUGACGCAACGGGACAUGUCCGCGUGGCGUCGUUCCAUACAACAACAAACAAACAAACAAAACAAAACAAAAAGUUAAGUAGGUCAAAUGUUUCUUAAGAAGUGGAUUGGGUACAGAGAGUCUCUUCUUUGGUAAAUAAUGUAAAUACAUGUCCUUUAAAAAAAAAAAAAAGAGUGAGUCUGUUAUCUAGGUAUUUUGUGUCAUUUAAUAAAUAAUAAACAGUU